CAGCUGUCACCAUAGAAUUAUUAUGAAAAAAAACCUCAAGCAAUAUUCGCCGUAAAACUGAACAACAUAAUCAGCAAUUCCUAAAACGAAAAAAAAUAAACAAACAUGGAUCUAUUGGGUUCCAUACUUAAUGCCAUGGACAAACCUCCAACUGCCAAUGAGGAACAAAAGAAAUUGAUCAAACGACAAAAGGAAAUGGCAGAACGUUUGAAAAAUAAACAAAAAGAAGAAAUAUUAAGAUUCCGCAAAUAUGUAGAAGAACGAAUAGGGCGCUUUGCCAAGGAUGAUCGUCAUCACAUAGAAUUUCAGCCCUUAGAUAAGGUACAUCGUGGUGUUAUACAUGAAGUCGCUGAAUAUGGCGGCUUUAUAUGCAUGAGUUUUGGCUGUGAAGAUAUCGAUCGCUAUUCGGUGGUAUAUAAAAAAGAAAACGCACCCACAGAAGAUGAAAUUGCCGCCCGGCGUAAUGGUGACGGCUGGAAUGAUGAAGUGGCCAAGGAAUAUGCCGAAAGGCGUAUUAAACAGAAAGAACACGAAUUGGAACAAAAAAGAUUGGCUCGUGCUUCCGCCUCAGCAGCAAAUGCCGCCCAAACAUCAUCAGCAUCAUCAAACACAUCGUCAACAUCAAGCAAUAACAAACAAUCUACACAAUCGUCACACACAAUCGAAGCCGAGAUUAAACCCACAUUUAAUUAUAAAGAUAAAUAUGCUCAUCUGAUUGGCCAGGAUGCCGCCCUAGAAGCUGCUCGUAAAACUGAAACAAAUGUAAGUUAUGGUUUUGUGCCCAGCAAGAACAAAAAGGAUGUAAGAUCCAUAGAACAGACAUUGGCCGAUAUACAGGCCAAAAAGAGGCUCAAGUUACAGUUGCUACAGGAACAGCAAAAGCAAGACGAUAUAACAGCCGAAUUACAGAAUGGCGCUACCACAGCAAAUAACUCUAGCAUCACUGUAACAACCACUACUACUCCUGCAUCUGAGACAUUACACUGAUAAUUUAAUUGUUGUAUUUUACCUGUACUAUACUAUAGUAUGUUUAUAUAUUAUAUAUUAUUUUUUUUUUAAUUUUUGAAGACUCCGUCUACUUCCUAUUAUAAAGGCCAUAAUUAAACUUAAUUUAGAGACAAAAUACAAAGAACAAGAAAACAAAACAAUGUGGGAGAGAAAGAGAGAGAGAAAGAACAAAACAUAAUGUUGUUAUUACACCAUUUCCACAUGUGGAUUUUUAAGACUUACAAUUUUAGAUUUGGAACUUAUUAUCUCAAACAAAUUCAACCAAGAUAAUAAAUUAAAAACAAGUUUAACAAAGAAGUGAUAAGAUUUUAAUAAAAAAAAGUUAAAAUUGUAAACCAUUAGAUAAUAUUAGGUUUCUGUAGUCUAAAAUGCUAACAUGACGUUUCAGUACUAAUGACAGUUUGCUGAAUUGCUCCUGCAGAUCCAAAGGACCUAAAAACUUUAACUGGAAUUUAAUUUUCUUUCUAUUUAUUAAAUGUUUAUAACAUUAUUCUUUAAAACUGUUCCUUACUUUCUUAAAAUUUACAGUUUUGUUUAAUAUGACAAAAUAAUUACAAUAUUAAUUGUAAAGUUGAACAAAAAUACACUUUAAACAACUUUUAAUAAAACUGACAACGAAUUAAAAUUUUUCUUAAAAAUUACCAAUAAAACACUAAUAAACUGCUAUUGGGAAUGGUGCAAACAUUAAUAGUUUAAAGUAACAAAAAAAGAAAAGAUGCCUCUGCAAUACUAUAACUCUUAUAAAAACACCUUACAUACUGCAACAUACAACAACAAAAAAUAUAUAUGUUAAUAUAUAAAACAAAUUAUUACCUAAACAAACAAAACAAUUUAGUUUAUAUUUUAUUAUAUUAUAAUUUCAUUUAGUUUAUACAUACAUAUUAUAAAUGUCGUAGUUUUAUUGCUGUGUAUUAAUUUUCAACAUUAUGAUGUGCUAUUAUAAUUUCAUUAUUUUAAUUAAUAUUAUUUUUUUAUUAUUAUAAUUAUAAGUUUACUUUUCUUUCAGACUUGUUAAUAAUUUACAAAACAAAAACAAAAAACUUUGUACUAAAAAUUAGUACAAACACUAUAAACAAAAGCAAUCCUCCUUAAAUUUUAGAAUUAAUAAUUUAAAGCUGAGCCUUAAUACUCACUUGUAUGAAUUAUUUUAAAAAACAAAUUGUAAAUUUUAUAAAAAAAAAGAAAACUACCGAUGUUUGUAGUUGUAACGAAAAAUGGUUUUAGAAAUUUUUAGCUAUUGAGUGUUUUUCGUUGGAUCUACAAAAAUCAAGACUUUGUUUAAUAAAAUUGUUUUUUUUUUUUUUAAAUGACUGCCUAUUUUUGUUCUGAUUUUAACGAGUUUUUCUUCCAAAUAAAAAUAAUUUGUGAUUUCUUUUUUUAAAAGUUUUAUUAUACAUUUAAUUUUUUUUGAUAUUUCAUCAAUUUUUAAAUGUUUUUAAAAUUUGCUUAUAUAUUUUUAUUCAAUUCAAACUUGUUUCCUUUUAUGUUGAAAUUUCGAAAAUAUUUUGAAGUUGUAUCGAUCGUAUAGUUGGUUUAUCAGAGAGAUAUAUGAAAUAAAUUAAGAUUUUUAGUCAAGCAAUUGAAAAA